AUGAAUCAACCAAAUUUUAUGUUACCAUCAACAAUGGGAAUGUACUUUCCAAAUGCAAUGGGAGGAUAUCAUCCCCAGUUACCAAAUAUCAUGGAGAUGGGUAAUCUACAAGUCAAUACAGGUGGUUCAAUCACUCCACCGAUUGCAUCACCAUCUUCAUCACCUGCAACCAUAUCAAAUUCAUUGCCACCUUUGAUGCAUCAAUCACAGACUCAAUUUCAACAGCAACAACAGGCACAACAAAAUCUUCACUAUGGCACAAGUUCGCCAUUACACAAUGGCAACGGCGGAACGACAAUCAACACUAUAUUGCAAUCGAUUCAACAAGGUGUCCAAUCAUCAGAUAGUAUAACAUCACCACUCUUUGGUGCAGAGGUUCAAGGUGAUGGAUCAUCUCUUUUAACACCAUCACCAUCGAUAGAUGAGGCAGCCGCUGCAGGAUCACCAAAGGUAAAGCCAAAGAAAAGUAAAUCAUCUGCUUCACCAUCACAACAACAACAGUCACAACAAACCACCCCAACCGUACAACCAUUGUCAGGUUCUACUGCCUCAUCUACUGCACUAGCUCCUACCACCAGUGGAACUACUGCAUCAUCAUCAUCGUCGUCAUCAUCAUCGUCUAAAAAGAGUAGUUCCAAACAACAAGCACCACCAACCAUAUGUACACCACUAGAAGGCUCACUCAAUUCAUUGACCAAAGAGCAACUAGUUACUCUUUGUGUAAAUUUCUUCCACAAUCUCCACCCCGAACACCAAUCAGAGUUUGAAAAUAUCAUGCCACCACCCGAUCUCAAAGAGAUUAUGGACGAGUUGGAUAGCCUACAAAAGGCAUACAACAAACUCUUUCCCAACAACAAGUUUGUUUUUGACAACAACUCCUAUACACGUGUAAAGAGUGGUUUGGCUUCAUUCAAAAAGACAUUGGUCGAGAAUGGAGAGGAUUUUAAAGAAAAGAAUGCUUGGUCUACCUUGUUGCAAUACGUCAUUCAAGCACUUCCCUAUGCUUUGAGAAUGCCCCAAUGGGAGGAGGAAAAGAACAAUGCAUCGAGAAUAGCUGCCCUCUCAAAAAUGGAUCAAUUUGGUAAAUCUGCCAUCAAAGGACUACUUCAAAACGACUUGCCACUCGAAAAGUGGGAGAAGCAUCUCUCUUCUCUGCAACCCCACGCUCAAUAUCUACAAACUACCAUCGAAGAGCUCAACAAAUAUGCCAAGACAGAGAAAACAACCAAAAAGAGAAAGACUACGACCAAACAAGAAAGAAGUCCACCAAAUAAUAGCAUCAACAAUCAACAACAAAAUGGUGGUGGUGGUGGAAUGCACAUGUUGGUUCAUCAAAACGAACAAUUACAGCAACAACAAUCACUACAAGCACAACAGGCUCAACAGGCUCAACAACAAGUUCAACAAGCACAACAACAGGCACAACAACAAGCCCAACAACAAGCUCAACAAGCACAGCAACAACAACAACAACAACAGGUGCAACAAGUUCAACAACAACAAUCAAUACAACAAGUUCAACAACAUCACCAUCAUCAACAACAACAACAACACCACCAUCAAUUACAACAACAACAACAUCACCAACAAUUGCAACAUCAUCAACAACAACACCACCAUCAACAACAACAUCAUCCACAACAACACCACUCACAACAACACCAUCCACAACAACAUCAUCCACAACAACAACAACAACAACAUCCUCAACACUCCCAAACACAUCAUCAUUAUGAUCCAAGAAUGGCUCACAUUCAAGGUGAUAGAACUUACUACAUGUAUAGUGAUGGAAAUUAA